AUGUCCGGUGUCGGAGGUCUUAUGGGACCCUCUCAUGAGCAUCAACCUACAGUAGAAGAACAAGACCAACUUAAGAGAAGCAUUAAAAAGGUAAGAAAAGAUGGAGAAGGUUUCACUGGUACUCAACUUCUCCUACCGAGAGAUGAGGAAUGGAUGCGAGACAGCAUAAAAGUAGAGGAAAAUUUUAAAGCUGAAAAAUCUUUUGCCCAGAUGGUAAGAGGUGGACCCACUAAAGACCAAAUGGAAGAAGACAUCGUUGAACUUGGUAAAGAAGGAAACAUAAGCAGUGAAGAUGACAAAGAAGAGAAAGAGCAUCGGGGAGAAGAAACUGACACUUGCAACACAGAGAACAUAAGAGUAGAAAAGACAAAAGAGGGCCUUUAUAAUAUCGUCAUUAGCAAUGCUAUUGAGAGAGAUCUUUGGAAACCAUGGUUGAAUACCUUAAUAGCGAAGUUGAUGGGUAGAAGGGUGGGAUAUGCUGCUAUCAAAAGAAGGUUAGAGACCAUGUGGAGCAAAACUGUAGACGUUAUCGACUUAAGUAACGAUUUUUAUCUAGUCAAAUUCUAUGCUAGUGAGGAUUUUGACUUUGCCCUCAUGGAUGGGCCUUGGAAGGUUUAUGACCACUACCUAACAGUCAGACUGUGGGAGCCAAAUUUUAAUCCACUAAGAGCUACAAUUGACAAAAUCACAGCAUGGGUGAGGUUACCGGAUUUGCCGAUUGAGCUUUAUGACAGAACCAUAUUGAGGAGAAUAGGUAAUCUUAUUGGAAGAAUGGUGAAGGUUGACAAUAACACAGCCAAUCUAUGUAGAGAAAAAUUUGCCCGACUAUGUGUAGAGGUAGAUCUCACCAAACCUUUGAUGGGAAAGUAUUUGUUUAAUGGAGAAGAGUACCAUGUGGAGUAUGAAGGAAUCCACCAAAUCUGUUUUUCAUGUGGAAGAAUAGACCAUGAUCAACAGCAUUGCAAUAUAAGAAAAGAGAAAGAGGUGGCAGCAAGAGUAGAAAAUAGCGAACAAAGCACAUACGAAAACGAAGAAAAUUAG